UCAAAGAACUCUCUCUCUAACCGGGAAACGGGUCACGACUCAGCGAGUCACGGCGGCGAAUUAGACUUUUAAGAGAAUAUAAGAAAUGGGUAUUUGCAGUUCGUGCGAUUCGUCCCACGUCGUGGCGACGGCGAAGCUGAUAUUACAAGACGGGGGGAUGAUGGAGUUCACGCAGCCGGUGAAGGUGGGUUACGUUCUUCAGAAAUAUCCGACGUGUUUCAUCUGUGAUUCCGACGAAAUGGACUUCGACGACGUCGUUUCCGCCAUUAGCGCCGACGAGGAGCUCCAGCUCGGCCAUCUCUACUUUGCUCUGCCGUUGAGCUGGCUCAGACGCCCUCUUCAGGCGGAGGAGAUGGCCGCAUUGGCCGUCAAAGCAAAUUCCGCUCUCACGAGGAGCGGCGGCUGCCGGCGUGAAAAAUGCCAAAGUCGCCUGAGAUGCGCGUCUUCGGUCGUUUACCCGGCAGAUGAGUUUCGCCGGAGAUCAGCCUCCGGAGACGGUACGGUGGGAAGCAGUGUCGGGUCAAGGAAAGGGAGUAGCAGCGGCGGGAGGAGGAGGUUGCCGGCGAAGUUGAGUAGGAUAGAGGAGUGAAGAAGGGGAGUUUGAGAAUCUAGUGAAAUGUUUGGGGUAAACUCUGUAAAUAGCUUAAAUCUGUGGGGUCAUUUUCGUGAGAUCAAUGGUUAAACCUUGAGCAAUGCGGGAGACCUCUCACGGGGUCCCCGGGUCAAAUUACAGUUUUAUAAUUAAAUACAAUUAUGCAAAUGGAUCAAUAACUCAAAGAGGUGAAUUGUUAUCUACUUGAGCCGGCAUUUUAAGGUUCAAUUCGUAAACGAAUAUAACGAGCCAAUUUUGGC